AAUUAACCUUGGUUUUAAUAGCCAAAAGUGUAUUUUUUGGGGGGCGGAUUGGUUAUCAUCUGUAUAACAACAUGGUUAAGCCAUGGGCAAUUUGUGGUUACCAUAUUUAAACUGUUUUCACCAUGUUUUGUUUUUUUUUGGAAGUAAAACCAUGGUUAAUUAUCGUAAGGCAAUGUAUAUGCCUAAUAUAUGUAUAUCUUUGCAUUACAGGAAUCUUAGCCCAGGAAAACAUAAAGGACGACCCUCAUGCACAGGGCUCUUCUUAUAUAGCUGCGUCAUAUGUGAAACACUUGGAGUCAGCUGGUGCCAGGGUUGUACCAAUUCACAUAAAUCGCACAGAGGAGGAGUAUGAAAAACUGUUCAAUGCAAUAAAUGGUUUGCUGCUUCCUGGUGGGAAUGUGGACAUCGAAAAGUCUCAGUUUACCAGAGCGGCAAGGAUUUUCUAUGAACUUGCAAUAAAGGCUAAUGAUGCUUCGGAUUAUUUUCCGAUCUGGGGCACCUGCCAGGUUCAGCAGCUCACGGUUCUGACCAGCAACAAGAACUUGUUGACCUUGACUGACACCAAAGCAGUCGCACUGCCGCUGACCUUCAGCCCAGGAGCUCAAAACAGCAGGUUGUUUAAAAAGUUUCCAAAGGAUGUUCUUCAGUCUCUGUCAGAAGAGAACAUCACGUCUAAUUUCCACAGCUGGAGCUUGUCCAUACAGAAUUACAGUAGCAAUGCCAAGCUUAAGCGUUUUUAUCGAGUCCUGACAACAAACACAGAUGGCAAGAAGGAGUUCAUUUCCACCAUGGAGGCAUAUCAAUAUCCCUUCUAUGCUGUUCAAUGGCAUCCAGAGAAAAGCCCAUUUGAGUGGAUUGAGAAAGAUGGUAUGGUGCACACGCUCUCAGCCAUCAAAGCCACUUUCUACACUGCCCACUUCUUUGUUUCUGAAGCAAUGAAAAACCAUCAUCAGUUUUCUUCGCAAAGUGAAGAAGAAAAAGCUCUGAUUUACAACUAUCAGCCUGUCUUCAAAGGCAUGAACAGCAUCUUUCUUCAAAACUACUACUUCGAUUGAGUGUUCACAGUAUUCAUCGUGGCAGAAAAAUUAUUUCUUUUAUUUUUUUAAAGUAUUGCUUUUAUUUCUUUCCUCAAAGUUUGCCCAAACUUGAUGUUUGGAAUGAAUAAUUGUAACAUUCAUGAUUCUGACUCACUUAAGUAGCUCUUGAUUGUAUAUGUGAAGUGUUCUAGAGUCAUCAUGACUGAAUGUAUUGUUACAGUUAUAUCAAUUUCAGAAGUCAUAUUAUAUAAUAUGUAUCUUCUAGUGCCAUUGUUCAGAAGUUAAAAAUGUUAUAUUUCACAGGGUUCAGUAGCAUGACCAAUGCAAUGUUAAAAUGUAAAAUAAAAUGAAAUAUAGAUUUAAACUUUAAACUGGAAAACAAACCUAAAUAUUUUAAAUGUACAUGGUAAUUCAUUCACUACCCAGUAGGGGCAGUCCAAACUUCAUGGUACGUUUAAAAAGGGUCGGACAAG